CGCUCCCUCCCUUCACAAACACGGAAGCAGCAUGGCGUCCAACAGCAGCGGCGGCGGCAGCUCCGACAGGCAACGGAUUGCACAGCAAAGACUAAGUAUAAUUGCCGGGCAUUUACAGAGACCGACGGACGGUGACUCGACCAUCGUAGCUGCGGACUGCAAAGCUCAGGGGAGCAAGACAGAUGUCUCCAGUGAGGGGAAGACCGUACCGAGGAGGAGGCAGGAGAUUAUGAAAUGGAACGGCUGGGGAUACAGCGAUUCAAGAUUUCUCUUCAAUAAGAAAGGUCAAGCAGAAUUUACUGGCAAAAGGUAUAGACUAAGUGGUAUGAUCAUCCCCGGUCUUAAAGAUUGGAUGGUAAACACUUUUGGAGCCAGUCUGCAGCAUAAAAUUCCAGCAACUCCCAUUCUGACUAGCAGCGCUGUACAGCCUCCCACUCUCAAUGAGGCCUUCGUGGACGAACUGAAAUCCACAGGUAUUCCCUUCUCUCAUGACGCAGAGGACCGGGUGUUUCGCUCCCACGGCCACUGCUUACACGAGAUCUUCGCUCUGCGAGAAGGGAGAGUUGGUCGCGUUCCAGAUAUGGUGGUGUGGCCAAAUUGCCACAACGAUGUAGUGAAAAUUGUGGAACUGGCGUGCAAACAUAAUGUUUGUUUGAUGCCAUAUGGAGGAGGCACUAGUGUCUCUAGUGCCCUAGAGUGCCCCCCAGAGGAAACUCGUUCCAUUGUCUCUCUGGAUACCUCGCAGAUGAACCGCAUUCUGUGGAUUGACGAGAAAAAUUUAACUGCCCAUAUGGAAGCUGGCAUCGUCGGUCAGGAUUUGGAGAGAUUGCUCAAUCAGAGUGGCUACUGUACGGGGCAUGAGCCUGACUCCAUGGAGUUCAGCUCCCUGGGGGGCUGGGUAGCAACAAGAGCAUCAGGCAUGAAGAAGAACAUCUACGGCAAUAUUGAGGACCUGGUCGUCCAUGUAAAGAUGGUGACCCCACGAGGGGUGAUAGAAAAGGGCUGUCAGGGCCCACGCAUGUCCACGGGCCCGGACAUUCACCACUUCAUCAUGGGCUCAGAAGGAACUCUGGGUGUGGUUACUGAGGUAACACUGAAGAUCCGUCCCGUGCCGGAGUAUCAGAAGUACGGCUCUGUGGUAUUUCCUAAUUUUGAGCAGGGAGUUGCCUGUCUUCGAGAGGUUGCCAAACAGAGGUGUGCCCCGGCAUCUAUACGACUCAUGGAUAAUGAACAAUUUCAGUUUGGUCAUGCCCUGAAGCCUCAAGUAUCUUCAAUUUUCACGUCCUUUGUGGAUGGGCUGAAGAAAUUUUACAUCACCAAGUUCAAAGGGUUCGACCCAAACUGCUUGUGUGUGGCCACCCUACUGUUUGAGGGCGACCGUGAGAAGGUCCUGCAGCAUGAGAAGCAAGUUUAUGACAUUGCUGCUAAAUUUGGGGGCCUGGCAGCUGGAGAGGACAAUGGGCAGAGAGGCUACAUGUUGACCUUCGUCAUCGCUUACCUUCGGGACUUGGGGAUGGACUAUUAUGUGAUCGGGGAGUCUUUUGAAACCUCUGUGCCUUGGGACAGGGUGUUAGACAUUUGCAGAAACGUAAAGGCACGCAUCAUUCGAGAGUGUAAAGACAGAGGAGUGCAGUUUACACCGUUAUCCACAUGCAGGGUGACUCAGACGUACGACGCUGGUGCGUGUGUCUACUUUUACUUUGCCUUCAACUAUAGGGGACUCAGUGAUCCAAUACAUGUGUAUGAACAAGUGGAGCAUGCAGCUAGAGAAGAGAUCCUUGCCAAUGGAGGGAGCUUGUCACAUCACCAUGGAGUGGGGAAACUUCGGAAGGAGUGGAUGAGAGAGACCGUCUCCAAUGUCGGCAUGGGGAUGCUCAAGUCUGUCAAGGACUAUGUGGACCCCAAUAACAUCUUCGGCAACAGGAACCUCCUUUAAUUUCCCGUUCCUGUCCAUCUUUACUUCACCACUUUUUCUAAAAGCACCCUGUGCAUUUUGGAUUAAUAGAUACUAUGAAUUUAAAAAACGAACAGCGAAUCUUGUGUCUUUCAUCUAAAGUGUCAUUCGGUGCCAUUUAUUGAUUCACCUAAACCUUUUCUUUUACAUUAUAUUGCAUUUAGUAUGCUGUAACAAUCAUUGUCAUUCAUGGUGACACUGACUUUUGCUGUUGGGUCAUGACCUCUACAGCCACGAUGCAACUAGACAUGAUGCAACAAAACCUUGAUUUUUGUCAUAUUUGCUUAUGUCUAACCAUUUCUUAUUAACCUUGCCAACAUGGUUAAGUCAUCUGUGUUUUUUUACUUUUCGUGUGUGUGUGUGUGUGUGUGUGUGUGUGUAUGGCACUCCUUUAGUGGUAAGUUCAAGAUGAAUGCGCUUUCUAAAGCUCUGUGCCUUUCUAAAGCUUUUGUCUGCCGUCCCCUACUCCUACUAUACACGCAGCUGGUGUGCAUUGAGUCCCUUUGUGGAGCAAAAUUAACUUGGACAUGAUGUUUUCUGUGUCUCUAGUUCAUCUUCUUCACCCUCAUGACUUUUGUUGUACUGACCUAUUGCCAUAAGAAACUUUUUCUGGACUCUGUGUGUGUUGUGUUUAUUUUUUCUGAUCAUGCCUCCUGCUUCAGUGUGACCGCGUAUUCAAAUCUUUAGGCCUAUGGAUCCCGGUGCUCACAUCGUACCAAAGACUCAUCAGAUCAUGCAAACAUACUGUAAACAUGUGUUUGACUGUGUAACCCACAACCUUCACGCACAUUUAGUAACUUCAUACACAGCUAAUUUUGCAUUUUUUUUUAUCAGCAUAUGCAAAGAUAACCCUUCUGAGAGCUGUAGACAUUUGUGACUGUUAAAUGCUACAACUUUAUAUCUUUUUUAUAUAUAUAGAUAGAUUUAUAGAGAUAUAGAUUUAUAUCUAUCUAUCUAUCUAUCUAUCUAUCUAUAUAUGGUUACUUUAUGUUUCUGACGUUUGAGACCCUCUUAAAUUAUUUCUGCUCCAUAUAAUUGUUGUUAAAGAAAUUCAUUCGGAAGUAGUUUCCCUCAUUAGUGCAUAUGUACUGUGUAAAGGUUUUUUGAAUGGAUCUACAAUUAGAUACCAAACUUGUACUAUUUGUCACUAUUAACCAUCGCUUCUGAAGAAGUUAAGCUUAAAAAGAGCUAUUUUCUGAGGAAUCUUGCAUUUUUUUCUCCUUCUGAUCUGUGCGUCACAUUUUCCUGGACCACCAUGUCCUUUUAAUUAACAUUUUCCCCAAAUAAGAGGACUUAUUAGGGACCCAUCAUGUGACAUUUUACCUCUGUCAAAAAACGUGUGAGAGCUUGUAAAUGUUAUGGAUAUACCUUUUUUUUUCUUGUUAUUUUCCUCUUCUCUUAACACCAUUGUAACAGCCAACAAGUACAUUUUGUCAAUGCUAUUUGUGCAAUAAAUUGAACUAAAACAUC